UAACACGAGAGUGUUCAGGACUAAGGUCCAGUCGAAGGAGACUUGACCGAAACAAAAAGGGAAGGCGCACGAAGUUGCAGUCAUCAUAUUGCAAGGAUAACCACUUCUCGUUUGUGUCGUCAGCUUAUGUUAAGACACUUCUCUUCGAAGAUGUAGCCUCAGUUUCGUUACGAACUCCGGUACUUGAAGACAAACAUGGACUUUUCAAAACGUUAUAUUUUAGUUUUUUGUGUUUCGUUCUUAGUGAAAAUUUCGGUGAUUCAGAGUGAAAAAGAGUCUGUUUGUUACGAUGAGCUGGGAUGUUUCUCAGUGGAAGAGCCUUGGAGCGGUCCUCUACGUCCAGUUCCUCUUCCUGCUGAACCUCAGGUCAUCCAGACACGAUUCUAUCUCUACACAAGGAAGCGACCUACAAAACGCUAUUACGUGAAGACGUGGCCAGGUAUUGACAUGAAACAUUCCUCCUACGACGGGAGUAAAGGAACGGUGUUCCUCAUCCACGGCUUCAUGUCCACCGGCAAUGACACUUGGAUGGAGGAUAUGAAGAACGCUUACCUAAAUAAUGUUGAUGCCAACGUGUUCAUUGUUGACUGGGGUAACGGUGCUAGCGAUGGGGAAUACAACCAAGUGUGCGCCAACAUUAGGGUCGUCGCAGCGGAGAUUAUAAGGCUCACCACAUAUUUAAUCCAAAAAGAGAGGGCAGCACCCGUCAGAUUCCACAUGAUUGGCCACAGCCUUGGUGCGCACACCGCUGGUUACGUGGCGAAAAGUAUAUCAGGCAUCGGACGCAUAACAGGUCUGGACCCAGCUCAGCCCCUGUUCGAGGGAUACAAGAAAGUGGUACAGCUAGACGCAGAUGACGCUUUGUUUGUGGAAGUGAUACAUACAGACGCUAAGCCCACCGUCCCGCUUCUAGGAGCGGGCAUUCUGAGAGCAGUUGGUCACGUGGAUUUCUAUGUGAACGGAGGCUGGAGUCAGCCUGGUUGCCAGGUUCCUGUCAUCAGCCUGCAGAAGAUAGUUUCCCGAGGCAUUUCUUUCAACCCUGUUGAAGAUAUUGUGGACUCUGUGGUGUGUCCCCACAACCGAGCACUAGAGUACUACACAGAAGCUCUUGCGUAUUCCAACUGCACCUUUUGGGGUAGAAAGACUGGUUUUAUCAAGUCUGCUGUAAGCAUACUGAGCCUUGGUUGGCUUUCGAGAGCUUUCAAUUAUCCUUCUGACUGCUCCAUAACGACUUGCAUACCACUGGGACUAAAGACCAUCGACUUCCCUGCCAGAGGAUCCUUUGAGAUUGCUACAUACACAUCACCGCCCUAUUGCAUUUCAGAAAAGAAGGUGGACGCAAAAAUGGCACAUGAGCUGUCCUUAUAUUUGUACAACACUGCAGACGUCGACUGACGUCACGUGUAAUUGAAUACUUGAAACAAAAUAGUCUACGUUGUUGCCUUAAAUUUUUAUUUCGAGUCUUGUGAGAAAGUAGAUAUUGAGCUUAGAAGAAGAUUUGUACGCUCUAUAAAGUCUCUUUGUUUUCUCAUGAAUGCACAUUUUUAUGUGUGAGUCCAUAUUGUUGACAACCUAAGAUUACAUCCUAAUUAUAUUGUAAUAUCAUAUAUAAUAUUUUUAAUAUCAGAUGGUGAACAAUGGUGGGUAUACGUCUUCA